AUAAGGUUAUCAGUGUGGUUUGGGUUAUGUUUAAAAUCACAUUUUAAGAAGAUACAUUGUAUAAACUAGUGGCGACCCUUUCAUAUGAUUUCAUCGAUUUUUUUUUCACAGUCUAUGGAGUAGCGCUAUCUACAUCGGAUAUACGUCAUGUCUCCACAGCCACAAUAUCCGCAACAAGUUCGCUCGGAUCUGGUGGUGUGAGGUUAUAUAGCUAGCUAUAUAGCUAUCCCGCUAACGUGAGUUGUUUGAGUUUCCAUAUAACGUUAACCGAACAUUUACCAAUUAAACCACAAACUUGCAAUAGUGAAUACGUGCACCUUCAUAUAUAGCGAUAUCAGAGAUAUGUACCCAGCUAGGAUGGUAAUCUAGCCAGCAUUUCAACGUUCGCGUCCCCUUUGAAGAGUUCUUUCUGCUUACGUUAGCUUGCGAGCUAGCUAGCUUUCAUAAAACAUUUCGAAAUGGGACGAGGAGGUGGUCGGAAGCGUGGAAAAGGCAAUGGACCUCCUCCAUUUGACAUGGGACCAAGGCGGCCUCAUCCAUUUGACAUGGGCCCAGGACCAGGUUGGUGUGGGCCGCCUGGACCUUUUGGUCCUUUUCACGGUGGCCCCGGUCCACAUCCUAACUUUAUGGGAGAUCCAAUGAUGCAAGGCCCCAUGCCCCCAGAUUAUCACGGAUAUGGGCCAGGCUAUGGGCCAAUGGGUCCAGGUGGCCCCAUGGAUGGAUACGGGCCAAGAGGCCCCAUGGAUGGGUAUGGGCCAAUGGGUCCAGGUGGACCUAUGGAUGGAUGUUUUGAUGGGCCACCGAUGGAUGGGCCAGGAUUCGGGUAUGGUCCAGGUAUGCCCGGACCAUAUGAUCCAAUGAUGGGCAAUGUACCAGGACCAAUGCCCCCCCCAGUCAUGGCCCCGCCAGUUAUGCCCCCCCCUGGUAUUCCUCCCCCAGGUAUGCCGCCCAUGGUCCCGCCUCUGGACAACUCUGGCUUUCCUCCACCCUGGCAAAGCGAGGUAAACCCUUAUGCUGUUCCUCCGCCAUCGUGGCCCGUUCCGACAACAGCCCUCCUUCCGACUGAGACAACUGUAGUGCCUGAUGUGUGGGGACUCUGCCGGGGCUCCGAGGUCCCUCAGCCUGAUCCACCCCAGCCUGAUGAACAGAAGACCAAAGUGUCCAAGAAGGACAAAAAAUCAUCAGGGAAGAAGAGCUACAAUGACAAGCCUCCUCCACCUGGAAGAUCCAAGGGGGUCAUCUCGUUCAUUGGGCCAACUUAUGGCUACAUCGAAAGAGACGAUCUCAAAAAAUAUUCCUUCACUUUUGAUGCUUUUCUGGGAGUCCCCAAGAACAUGAUACCUGGAGUCAGGGUGCAUUUUACAGCCUAUAAGGAGAAGGCAGGGGAGUGUGCCACCGAUGUAUCUGUACCUCCAGGGGGGACUGAGGAGAUUGACUCCACCAUUAUUGAAGGUUUUGUCUGCAAUGCUAUCCCGGAGCAGCAGCCUGGUGCAAAGCAGAAACCUGGCCAAAUUGAGGCCAACAUCGAUGGCAAGACAAGAGCGCUGCUUUACUCAGAGAAGGACAGCACCAUCACCCUGUUGCAAGGGGACCAUGUGACGUUCAAUUUGUUAACCGACAUAGUUUCCCAAAACGUUAGAGCCACUAGUAUUCGGCCAAAGACACCACAGACUUUUAAGAUCACUGGAGAGAAGAGGGAGGUGGGUGUGAUAAUGAGCGUAAAGGGUGGCUCUGGCACCAUAAUGGCAGCGAACCAGAACAACCUGCCCUUUGAGACCACAGAGAACAUGAGUCUAACUGAGUUCGCUGUUAUGGAUGAGGUGGACUUCACAGUCGUCACAGUCAAAGGGAAGGAGAAGGCCAUCAGAGUAAGGAAGCUGAAGUGCUUGGUGACACUGGAAGAUACCAUGGAGAAGAAGGUUGAAGACACUGCAGGAAAAGACAAGUGGAAGCCAGUGGCCCCAGUGGAGAUGGUGUUGCCCCAGAGGACUGUGGUGUUUGAGGACGUUAGCACUGUGCAGCAGGCAGGAACGGUCAUUAAGGCUGUCCCCAAGGUGUCCGACAAGAAGCAGGAGCAGGGCCUUUUGGAGGUGUGGGAGGGUGGCACACAGAAACCGUUAUCGUUUGAAGCCGCUGACGUUCUGACUGACGCCACCAUGUUCGACGGAGACAAGGUUCACUUUAACAUCUCCACCAACCGUGAGACCAAGGAGGAGCGUGCCGUCAACGUGGAGAUUCUCUCCGAGACGUUUGAGGAGUCAACAGAGCAACGCAGAACUGGUGUGGUGGUGCAAGCUGGGGAGCUGUCUGGGACCAUUAAGUGCCAUCAGAGCCCCCAGCUGCUCUUCUUCCAUCUGACUGAGGUCAUGGAGGAGACGAAACUGGACAUCUCAGAGAAGGUGGAGUUUAGUGUCAUUCCGCUUGAAACAGCUGAAGGAGGUAACCAAGCGAUCAGGAUCAAACGCUUUAUCGACAGUGUCUUCACCCGUGUGCCCAAGCUUGUGGGCGUGGCAGCAAAAGAAAAGAAGAAGAUGACCAUCAAACUGAUGAGAGACUCAAAACUGCUCAUCAAGGGCGCAGGUGUCAAAGUAGAGCACAAAGAUGAUGAUCUUACCAACGACAAACCUGCCUUGGAGGAGUCGGACAAGAUGAAAGCAGUCGUAAAAACUCUGCGGUCAAAAACUGCUGGCUCUGGAUCUGGUGGCAAGGACUCGGACAGCAGCCGGCGGCGAUAUGGGCGCAGAAGCCGGAGCCCCAGCCUAGACCAGUUUGGCCGGGUGAAGAAAAGGCGGACCACCAGCAGGGAGCGCAAAGAGCAGGAUGGUAGCAACAGGUACAGGAGCAGUCGCAGUCACAGCAGGAGUCGGAGCAGGGAGAGGAGCAGCCGUGGGAGCAGGAGGCGAAGCCACAGUCUGGAGAGAAAAGAUUCCAAGCACAGGAGCAGCAGCAAGGAGAGGACAUCCUCGAAAAGGAGCCACAGCAAGGAGCGAGAUGGAAGCAGUCAGAGGAGCUCCAAGAACGGUUCAAGCUCGGGAAGUAAACCUCCAGAUAGAAUGAACGAUGAGCUAGAAAGAAAGAAGAGGGAACUAGAUGAGCUCAAUGAGUUGAUAUACCGCAAGAGAGCCAUGGUCGCCAUGGAGCAACAUGGUGGAGUUCCCAAUUUCCUGCCAGAAGGGAAGCCUAUGGAGAAGACCUGCUUUGACUACAAUCAUGGAAUGCCAGAGCUUCCUCCAAAACCUAAACCACCCACUGACAUCAAACCCAAGUCCAUUCUGAAGAAGCGCCCAGACCAUGUCACAGGGCCACUUUUCCCAAUUCAGACCGAACCCCCUAAAGCUCAACCUCUUGAUCAAAGGCUCGUGGAACAGUACGGUUAUGACGUUGAGACGCCCUAUAAACCACACUCUGCCCAACCACCCUUCACCCAAACAUCCAGUCAGAAGUCCUAUUAUGAAGGUUCACCUGCUGGACAUCCUGCUCCUGACCUAUCUGCAAAGUAUGAUCCAUAUGAGCAGACUUCUAGAGAGCACCCAUCACAACCUUCUCCAGUUCGCCAAACACCUCUUGACCCUCAUUCUUCAAAACGACCUCCCAGCCGAGAGUCUCAGGAAAAGAACCCUAACUUGAACACCCAGCUCGCCCGUUUCCUCAACAUCCUCAACAAAGGUGUGGAUGCCGGUCUGCUGUCCACUGUGGUCAAGGAGUCUCGAGAGGAGAUUGCUGGUAUUCAGGAGGAUAGUUCCCUCCCUCAAAAGUGUUAUCGUGGGUUGCGUGAACGUGGGGAUGAAGAUCAGUACAAGGAUGCCUACAGGGGAAGAGAGGAGGAGCCAGAGCGGCUGCACAGGGCCUUCGACAUGGAGCGAGUGAAGACCUCUGAGGCUAAAGAUGACCCCAGACACGAAGACCGGCUGCUGCCUCACGAGAGAGCAAUCCAGGACAGUGGUGGCUUUUCCGGAAUUCUAGGAAUGACGUCCCACACCCAGUUCCUGAGAGAACCUGAACGUGUGGAGGAAGAGGAUGACUUCCUCUAUGGGGGUAAAGCCCCAGCAGCAGCGGCUGAGGAGGAGCGCUAUGAGAAACCUGGGCGCACAGACAGAUCCAGGGAUGACGGGAGGUCCAGCCCAGCCAGAGCCCCGGUGGAGGAGACCAAGAAGCAUGAGAGUCAGGACAAGACACAGCACUUCGACAAGAUCAAGAGCCUGCUCCAGGCCAUCGGCCUGAACCUGAACACCUCCGAGGUCACCAAGCUGGCAGACAGGACCCAGGAGCGCCUCUACGGGACAAAGUCAUCCAAACACUCAUCAGAUUCCUCUGAGAGAGAGACGAAGCACUCAUCUAGGCGGGGAGAUCGGCAUCGGCGACGCAACACCGACUCAUCUGAUUCCGAACGCCUCCGGUCGGCCUCGCCCUCCAGGUCUUCCCAGCAGGAGGUGUACCUCAGCCCCCAAGACACCCCGGAAUAUGGAGGGUUCCUUGACCCGGAAGAGGAGGCUGCCUUGGAGAAGGCAAGGCAGAUGCAGAGCCUCACCAAGAAAGUGAGCGUCUCGCCCCCCACCACCUCUCCCACCUCCUCCUCACAUCCUGGCACAUCCUAUUCCACCACAAAGUGGAACUUCCCUGAGAAGAGACAGCCCAUUGCUCCUAAGGGUUGGCCUAGCAAGGGGUGUACUACCAACUAUCUCUCAUCACUGCCGCCCGGUCCCUUAAGCCCCCCAAAAUAUUUCCCCUGUCCCAUCCUUGACAAACACACCUCAUGUUCCAGCUGGUCAACAAGCAGCUGGGGUGUAUACUUAUGUUUCACCUGUGGGACAAUCCCCUGGCCUACCCACAGCCUUGCCCACCGCUUAUUAUGGGCAUCCUGGUGCCCCCAUGAUACCGUUUGCAAAUACUCAGCUCACACAACAAGUGAAUAUAUUGAAUCAGGUGACUGUAUCGAAUCCCACAAUGGAUGUCUUGAGUCAAAUCCUCCAAGUCAACAGCCAGUCUAG